AUGUCUACUUCCAAGUUCCAGUGUCCUCCCUAUAAGCUUUUCGAGCCCGACUACCACCCGCAAAAGCCAAUCAUUGUCGGAGUCGACGACAGACUUGAAUCGCCUGACACCAUAGCGCUUCGCUACGAAGAAGCUGCACGAGCAGAAAACGGAGGAGGAGACCUAAGAGGGGACUCCCCUCCUAGGCUUUUGGAGAUGGCAACCUACACUAAGGCCCAGCUGCCUUCUAUGCAUGCUGGAUACGAUGUGGCACGAUACCAAGAUGCGAGCUAUGAACAAUACCCAGCACAGAAUUACCCAACUCAGCAACAGUCCGACAAGUUCGCCCAGCUGAACCAGCAAUCUUUUGCUUCCAACAAUGCGGCUGUGGCAUAUGGCAUGGCCCCUAGCAUGGCAACACCAAAUGUUCUAUCAUGUCAACCGCCAACAGGUGUAUUUGGAACCAAGGUAUAUGUCAAGCUUUCAUCCCAGUACGACUUGUUUUUGCUAUCGACGCCGAUGCCGACGUGGUCUCUGUUAUUUGGGUCAGAAAAGUGCUCCGUUCAAGACGUCUCCCGAGACAUGCAAGACAGCACAGGCUUCAUUUACAGUUGCAGCGGAGACGCACCCCAAUUUCUGGUCACAAACUGCGCAAGCAGCAAUGUGCCACUGUCACUCGUUCUUGAUGGUCCUUCAGGAGAGGAAAUUUCUCGCGUUCCCGUUGGUACUUUUCAGUAUCUUGAAGGGUCGGGAGAUGACAUCACGAGGUCAACCAAGAUGCCUAAGCAUGAGGACACGGCACCUGCCCCUAGUAUGGAUCAGCCGAGUACCUCACCUAAAGGCGAACCUCAACUAUCAGCAGAGUCUGGUACAAAUACCUAUGAAUAUCCACCGCAGCAAGGACAAUAUGCUAGUGCAUUCCCGCAAGCAAACAACGAAAUGAUUAGCACUUACAGCAGAAGCACGAGCUUCACAGACCCUCACUAUCACCGUCGCCCUACGGCAGGAUGGAGCCCUUAUCCGAGUACACUGGGAAGCACAGGUCGAGGGCCAUCAGGCCUCGAUGCUUCGCUGGUAGGACGUCCGCCCUUGACGCCUCUGGGUAUGUCCUCACCAUCUCACCCUAGCGGCGCCCCUCAACUGGUUCGAACAAGCACUAUUGCUGCCAACCCUGGCAACAACUCUAACUACCACCCUAUUUCACUUUACUCUGGCAAAGCCAUUCUCAAGGUUUCCGGUAAGCUGGAAACAAUGGCCGAGAACUGGACUUCAGAGGAGUGGGCUAAUCGCCGCCGGAUUGUCCUCUUCCGUAAGACACAAAAAGGAUCAACCGUCAAUGCCACCUGCCAGUCGGUAAGCGUCAAUGACCGACCACCCAACAGUAUCUGCAUUUCCUGCAUAUGGUGGGCUGAGAAGGGCGAAUGCUAUGUCACAUCGGUCGACACUAUCUAUCUUCUCGAGCAACUCGUUGCCGCGCCAGCCCGUUUCAGUGUCGAGGAGAAGAACCGUAUUCGUCGAAACUUGGAAGGAUUCCACCCCCAGACCGUGUCCAAGGCCAAGCCCGACAGCGAGGAGUUUUUCAAGAUUAUCAUGGGCUUCCCCAACCCCAAACCCCGCAAUAUCGAGAAGGAUGUCAAGGUGUUUCCCUGGAAGAUUCUUGAGUCCGCCCUCAAGAAGAUCAUCGGAAAGUAUAGCGUUAGUCCCAGCAGCACUGUAGCGCCGCCCAGCAUGAUCAGCCACCCCAACGGCCACUAUGCACCUUUGCCAACGCCUCCAGGGCAGAGCAUGGCCCCAACACACCCUGAUCCCCAUACGCAGUAUUCUCUUCCUCAACACCACGACUCAAUACCAUCACCGCGAUCACUUUCUGGGUCUCAGCCCAGUUGGACGCCAUACACAACAGCCCCUCCAGGUUACUCGGCGGCCUCUCGUACACUGAGUCCUGGACUUCGCCACCACAGCCCGCAACAGCCGCCUCUACGUAUUAACACAACGCCUUUACCAGCAGUCUCGAGUUAUGAUAGCCGAGGCGGAUAUGGUGCAAGUGGUUUACACACUCCACUAAGCCAUCAUCCACCAACCGCGACGCCUCCACGAUGGGACCCUACGCCUGCAACAUACCCCGAGGGCUACCCCAGUCUAACGUCGCAAACCGCCCAGCCAGUUUACGGGGCAACAAGCUAUGGUGAACCAGCACCCAGAGUAUGA